UGGUGAGAGCGCGGCGGCGGCGGCGGCGGCGGCGGUGGCGGGAUCUCUUGUCCCACCACCACACUCCUACAGUCCACCACCACCUCCUCCUCUCCGCCAUACCAGCCGGUCAGCAGAGCCCGCCACAUCAUCUCUGCACUGCCAGUCUGCCUGAGUCGGUGUCGCACUUCACACCACCUGCCGAACCGGAAACAGCUGGUGCAGGCCCAUAAAAGAUUUAUAGACCAAUUCUAGCGCAUUCUAGAAUAGACUGAUGGUUUCACCGAUACUUACUUUCUUGUUUGUGCGCCACUGAGUUUGUUGCACUGACGUAAGCGAGCAAAGAAAACGCUUGUGUGUGUUUCCGUGCAUGGUCGCCAGCCUAAUCAACCCAAGAGAGAUACUGUUUCUGCGCGGCAACGAAAUGUCACGAAAUAAUGACAAGAAAUGAAGAACUCUCCUAAGCCCCGUUACCACGACGAGGAUGUUAUAUUGAACGACUUUAUCUACGUCGCCAUUACCAAAGAAAUUCGAAAUUGUCCGCAAGAUGAAUGACUCCCGCGAGACCGACGUGCUCCGAGUCUGACACUCCGAAGACUCGCCGCGUCUGCAGCUCCAGAGGCAGAUGGGCGGCCUUUGAACCCGCCACGACGAUGCUACGGGCGUGUAGCGUCUAGCAAGGAUGCAGGUGCGUUGGGCGGCCGCUGGCAUACUAUGUCUCCUGACGUGGGCGCUCCAUGUGGCGGCGGCGGCGGCGGCGGCGGCGGGCGUGGAACCCAGCUUCGAGCAAGGGCGUGGUCUGGCGUCAGGACCCGCGAGGUUGAGACACGGCCGCUCCUUCGCCUACUCCUUCCGCCACGCCCGCACGAGAGCCGCCGGCGCCUCCUCUGACCGCCCCAACCGGAAGUACCGUGGGAAACGCCCAGACGCGUGCAAGACAGGGCGCCACAAGUGCGACAGGAACGCGGUGUGCAAGAGCUUCAAGCGCCUCCACAGGUGCUCCUGCAAGAAGGGCUGGGAAGGAAACGGCCGCGCAUGCGCAGACGUGGACGAGUGCCGCCUGCGGAACGGCGGCUGCGUGCACGUGUGCGCCAACUCGCCGGGCAACUACAGCUGCUCGUGCCACGGGGGCUUCGCGCCCGACCCGCUCGACCCACACAACUGCCAGGACGUCGACGAGUGCGCGGAUCGCAACGGCGGCUGCCAGCACUCCUGCAGGAACACCAUCGGCUCCUUCGCCUGCGGCUGCAGAGAGGGCUUCACGCUCGCCACCGACGGCCGCUCCUGCGUCGCGUCGCCGGCGUGUUGGAAUCUGCGAUGCCGACAGCACUGUUUAGUCAGCGCUGCCGGGACCCCCUCGUGUGGAUGUCGCGAAGGUUACGUCCUCGUGAGGACAAGGCAGUGCGACCCAACGUGCGCUGUUGGUAAUGGAGGCUGCCAACACCACUGCCACCAGUCCACUAAUGGGCCCGCUUGCACCUGCCACUCCAAGUACCUCCUGGCAGCCGAUGGCCAGUCUUGCGUGCCGUCCUGUGCCAUCAACAACGGAGGAUGCGAGCGCCGUUGCCACAACACCGCUACGGGAGUUCGAUGUUCUUGCACCAAGGGGUUUCUGCUGCACUCCGACCACCGCUCCUGUCUUGAUGUGGACGAAUGCGCGACUGACAACGGAGGGUGUGAAUACCAGUGCAUCAAUAACUACGGCAGCUACGAAUGCGUGUGUCCAACCGGCCACAAACUCCAGCCGGACGAACGCACCUGUCGAGACGUGGACGAAUGUGCUGUCAAGGGCACCUGCGAACACAUGUGCACGAAUUCCCCGGGGUCUUAUCAGUGCUCGUGCAAGGAAGGAUACCAGUUGUUUGCAACGGCGCACUGCGGGGACGUGAACGAAUGCAGCGUGGACAACGGCGGCUGCAGCCAGGAGUGCAUCAACAUCGAGGGUUCGUAUAAGUGCGCAUGCGAAGCCGGAUACCGCCUGCACCCGAACGGCAAAGACUGUCUGCAGACGGACAAAUGCACGCCGCUGAGGAACCCAAAUAAGGCGGAGGUAUCAUGCUACCACCUGGAGGACUACGGGUACGAGGAGCGGUGCACGGUGCGCUGCCGUCAGGGCGCGCGCUUCACCUCAGGCCCCGAUGACUACUACGUGUUCACCUGCGGCCGCCACACCGCCUUCACCUGGACGACCCAGGAGCCCGCUGCUAACGCUUCUCACCUUGCUUGUUCAGAAUCUCAGGUCGAGCCAGGAUUUAAGUGGUCGGUGAGGCUGAUGCUGACGACCAGUGUUGCCAAUAACACGACGCUCCCCUCCGUUGCCAAACCACUCAUUGACGCGCUGACAGAUAAAAUCAACUUCUGUAUGGACAAGUGUCACCUGCGCUUCAUCUCGGAACAAGUGACGAAAGCCAAGCGCAUGAAGAUCCCGCCAGACACGCAAGUGAUCCGCGCCGCCUUCGAAGUGCUUGUGUUCCCGCCGCCGCCCCAACGCCGGUGCCGCCACAGCUGUGCCCGGCGCCACGCUCGGAGACUCAUUCCUGGCGUCUUGGGCACGUUGAGGAAGACUCUCCUUACUCUACGAGAAGUCAUCAGCGACACCGGCCAGAAGUAUGAGAUCAUCCCGAAGACGUUCAAGACAAGGCGGCACCACCAGGAGGCGUGUCCAGACGGCUAUGUCCUCAUCGGAAACAAGUGCGUGGCGUGCAGCCAGGGGUCAUACCACGACCCGCGCAGCAACCUGUGCCUGGCAUGCCCGGCCGGGAAGUACCAGGAGCGCGAGGGCCAAACCUCGUGCCAGCCGUGCCCGCCCUCCGCCCCCCCGGGAGGCCCUCACAAGCCCGCGGCUCGCAACGCCUCCGAAUGCUCUGACGCGUGCCCUGCUGGUCACUGGAGCAUUGACGGCUUCAGCCCCUGCCGCCCCUGCCCGGCCGGGACCUUCCAGUCUGACAUUGGUAGGGUAGAGUGCAUACCCUGCCCGGAAGGACUGACCUCCCCUGGUGCCGCUUCCUCGCUUUCUCAGUGUCUCCAGGGUGCUCAGGUUUGCCAGCCGGGGCAUUUCUGGAGUCGCACAUCCCGACAGUGUGAGAGCUGCCCCCAAGGGUACUACCAGCCUGACCAAGGCGCCUCCUCCUGCCGCCAGUGCCCCGGGGGCGUCGACACUGACCACACAGCUUCCGUAACCGUUGAUGAUUGCAAGAGACAAGAAUGCGGUGGUUUUGUGGGGAAUCUCUCGGGUGUGUUCGAAACCCCAAACUACCCCGGCAACUACCCAAACAACGCGAGAUGCACUUGGAUCGUUAAGCCUGCAAAAGGACGGAAAGUUCUUGUAGUCGUGCCUGAAAUUCGACUGAGUCACGAUCAGUGUGGAGACUACCUGGUGUUGAGGAAAUCCAAAUCGCCGUACAGUACCGUGACCUACGAGACGUGUUCGAGCGUGGACCGGCCGAUGGUGUUCACUUCCCGUUCCCGCCGCCUCUGGGUUCACUUCCGCAGCGACGGGAACGGCACGCAGCAGGGAUUCCGCAUACGAUUCGUCACUUACAAUGAGGAGUACCACAAGUUGAUCGAAACAAUCGUGAAAGACAACCGCCUGUAUUCCCUUCACAAUCACCUAGAGAUCUUGAGGGACCGAGAGCUGCUUCCUCGCCUCCUGGAGGUGGUCGCGGAGCCCAUCAAGUACUACGAGUAUGCGAAGAAGAAGGAGAAGCUCUUUCCCUCGUCCUUCAUCAGGCUCCUCACGCCCAAGGUCAGGCGGUUCUUCUCGUACAAGAGGAGAUAGUGACAAUCGGAGGGAAAAUGGAGUCGCCUGAGGGAAGCGUGUCUUAGUCAGUGAAAUGAAGCUAAUGAAAAUGAAAA